AUGCAUUUGUCUAAGGCUUCAACAAUCCGGCCGGCAGACGUCGCAGUUUCAACCGUGAUUAAACUAUCUGCCCAAGCCAACAUUGCCGCAAGGCCAAUCCCAAAAGACAUAGCCUCACUCUCCAUUGAGUUCUGCUACGUCAUAGACUACCUCAGGGACGUCGACAGCCCCAACGUCCUCUCCCUCAACCUCCUCCAAAACAUCGAGGACUUAGUUAGCAAUCCUCUUGUCAUCCGCCUAGGUAGACACACCCAAGACGCCGCGUCGUUCUGCGCCGGCUGCCUAGAGACAUUAAAUAACACCUUCACCCCUAGCAACGACGAAGCUAUUGCCACCAGCUACAACAAAAACCUUUUCACUGAAUUCAUCUUCGGCCUCAAUUUGGGCGGCAAUGACGUCUCGAUCCCACUCGCCGAGGUCAAAGCAGCGGAGAAGUAUAUGCAUCCGUCGCGGCUGCGCGCAUACGAACUAGGCAAUGAACCCGACUUCUACGGGUCACAGCGACCGAAGCCAUGGAACCUGCAGACGUACGUAGCACAGCAAGAAGAUUGGCUGGAUCAGCUAGCCAAGAAAACCGCGAAGGGGUUUUCGAUUAGGGCACUCGCACAGCUUCCUGUCUAUCAGGGAAAUUUCUCGCUCGAUGAGAUCGUUGCUCUCGGGCUGCCAAAGAAGGUGGAUUAUGCGGUAUCACUUUCGGAUCACACGUAUCCGUACUCUAUGUGCGAUCCCGAGAGAGCUAAGCUAGUGUCGCUUCCUAAUCUCAUGAAUCACACUGCCUUGGUGGAAUUUCUCGCUCAGUGGGAUACCGAGAUCAAGGCUGCAGAGGAAGCUGGUGUUCCGUUUUUGAUGGGUGAGACGGGAAGUGUAUCUUGUCAUGGUAAAAGGGGCGUGAGCAAUACCCUUGGCGCUGCACUGUGGGAGCUGGACUACAUGCUUCACGGCGCGACCAUAGGAAUAGGCGGCGUCUACUUUCACAUGGGCACACCCUUCUACUACAGCGCGUGGCAACCCGUCGCACACAAUGGGGAACCUGCUGCGGUCUACCCAACAUACUACAGCAUGUUAUUCAUGGCCACCGCCCUCGCGCUUAAGGAACCUUACAUCGCCUCCCUCCCAUCGGCCGACACCGACCUAGCAUACUAUGGAAUCUACGAAGGUGCUCCAUCAGCAGCCGCGAUGCCUCAAAAGCUCAUCAUUCUCAACAUGAGUUUCCUCUCAUCAAAUAACACGGGCCCUGUUACUCCCGCGAAGGCCGUCGACGUCUCGCAGAUUGUUGGAAAGCGGGCUAAGGCGCCGGUGGAAUUCCUCGCGGUUGGGCGCCUAGCCGAUGGCGAGAUCGCGCACAGUAUCUCGGCCGCUACCAUCGACCGCGUCGAUGCGAAGAUUGCUGGAUGGAAGGAGAAAGCGGGUGCUACCCGGAAGGGAGGUGAGGCGCUGUGGACCCAGCCGGGUAGCAAGAAGACUUGCUGUGUUGCAGUAAAGUGGUCGCGGGUCACCGAUCCGAGGUGGCCCACAAACGAUUACCAUAACCCAGCGGAUGCAAAUCCCACCUUCGCCUGUCCCAUUUGCGUGGGCUCCUUUACACCGUGCGUAUGGACGCACAAAGACUUUGCUGCAGAGGCUAGAGUGCUUCCCCUCCCUCCUGGUGCAAGAGCGCCCGGCGCUACCCCUCAAACGGAGGGUUUCUAUGUGCGUGUAUUCGCGCAGUAG